AUGUAUCUGGAAGAAUGUUUACACAGACUACAGAACCGGAUAAAUAUUAGUUAUGAUAGUUCAAAUCCGGAGCACCAGGAAGCUCUAAAGGCAUUGUGGCAUGCUGCCUUUCCCGAAGAGCAACUACACGGUUUAAUAUCAGAACAGUGGAAAGAGAUGGAUUGGCAGGGGAAAGAUCCAUCGACAGAUUUUAGGGGUGGUGGUUUCAUAUCAUUGGAAAAUUUGUUAUACUUUGCGAGGCACUUUCCUAAAUCUUUUCAGGAUCUUCUUCAGAAGAAAGAGGGUGAUAGGGCAAUGUGGGAAUACCCCUUUGCCGUAGCUGGUGUCAAUAUCACAUUCAUGCUUAUUCAGAUGCUUGACUUUGAAGCAGUAAAGCCCAGAACACUUGUGGGAGCAACCUUCUUGAAGUUGCUUACAGAUAAUGAAUCAGCUUUCAACCUUCUAUAUUGCAUUGCGUUCAAGCUAAUGGACCAUAAAUGGCUCGACAUGCAUGCUUCGUACAUGGAUUUCAAUACUGUGAUGAAAGCUACUCGGCAUCAGCUGGAGAUGGAGCUUCUCCAGGAAGACAUUGUAUGCCUCGAGGACCUGCCCUCUUAUAGUCUUCUUAGUUGGUAACCUAGUAUCCAACUUCCGUAUUUUCUGAAGGUAUGAGCCAGUAUGUCCAAUGCCAGGAAUGCUAUUUUGUUGGAUAAAAUCCCAAUUUUGGUGCUUCCAACUAAAUAGAUUUGCUGAUCAAAUUGGAGUGGUGGUUUUUCGUAUUGAGGGAGGGGGGGAAAAGGACUCUUAGCUAGAAAGUGAUGCUAAAGCAUGCUUAUUAAUGCUCUUCAUUGGUGUGAGCUUUUAAAGCAUACAUUGUCUGACCUCUGUUAAUCUAUGUGCAUCUAUCUUUAGUGACAGAUAUAUGAACCAAGUUUAGUGAAAGAUGAAUCCUUCAAAGUCCACUGAUUUUGUACACCAUCGUGCUCUAUGGAAACUGCAGCUUUAGUUAUUGAAACUGAAUCUCUUUUGCAUUAUCUGUUCUGAGUCACAUCAAAGUUUGGUAGAUCAAACAUAGAAUACCAGAGACAAAUGUAAUGAGUUUCCUAGCAUUCAUCUGCGCAACUAAAGUAUGCUGAAAAACUAUGUUUUAGUUCCAACGGACUAGGACAUGUCAAUUACUAUUAAGCCCUUCUUGGUACGAUGGGAUGGAAUGAAGAUAU